UGUAAACACGGGUGCUGCGGUCGGUUGUAUCUCGGGCUAAACAUCGAGCUGAAAGAGCCGCAGUUUAACCCGGGUGAAGCUACAGAGACUUUUAGCCUGACGCGAGACAAACUACGCUAAUUCCACAGUAUCUGCUUUACUGGAAAUAACUAAUUAAGAAUAUACAGCAGCUAAUAAGGCUAGCUGUGACGUUAGCAUUAGCUUGUAGGCAGUGGUGAAUCGCCAGGCUUAGCUAACUAGCUAGCCCGUUAGCGCCCGCUGUGGGUUACUAGUGUCUCUGGUUGUUUGCUUUACUUGAUAGUUGUGUUAGUGAGGACACAAUGAUUGUGUUAUUCGACGUAAGUAGCUAACCAGGCACGUUUAAGAAGAGGAGCUAACUCGGGUGCUAGGCCGUCGACUGACAGCACACAAGCUACCAAGUCGAUAACAUCACCCAGCCGCCCCCCCCCCGGUCCGAUCAGCACAAACACAAAGAGGAAACCGAUCAAUCGUCGUCAUAUGUUGACUGAAAACAGGAAACGACAGCGCAGUGCUGGUGAUGAGGAGGGUGGCCACCUGGUGCCCCAAGCCAAGAGGCAGAGCAGAGCCCCCCCUCUCUCUCCGGAGCCCGGCCGGGAUGCAUGGGACUCCGAGUCAUCCAACAGUGAGAGCAGCAACGGCAGUCCGGAACAUGCGGCCGGGAGCUGCAGCAGUCGGUGUGCUGUGGGCCCCUGCAGUCCCCUCAGCUCUGGAGACUCCUCAGACCAGGCCGGCCCCACAGACCUGGUGUCCUACCUGCAGAUCAACCGCCUCCUGAGGGAAGCGCACUUCCAGAGCCUAGAGAGCCGAGUCCAUCUCCGAGACACGUGAUGACUUUAUGUCGAUCUGUCAGCGGCCGGGGGGGGGCCAAGGCCCUGAAGCAUGUUGGAGCACCACAUGCUCGACCACUUCACUCGGCUCUUCCCCACCCAUCUCCGGUUACAGUGAAAUCUCACAGCUCUGCAUAUCUGUGGACGGAGAGCAGCUCCUGGUCAGGUAUCUGGAGGGUGUUCAUCAUUCAAAUAAGACAAAGCGAUAAUCAUUUUAGCAAUAAUAACUGUGUGAUCCACUUAAACAUCGUCUUGUCAUCUACUUGAUUUCUGACCAGUUUGGUUUACAUGCUGCUCGAAGAGCCUUUUUAGUGACUGAUUGAUUGAUUGAUUGAUUGAUGACGAUGAUGAAUCCCUGUGUUUUUGUCUUAAAUGUUGUGUGAAAGUAGAGCUACUGGAGCUGCACAAAUGGCACCAAACCCAAUUCUUAGGCCGGUCAGUGUGACUUGUUUAGUUUCCCAGCAGGGUUGUUAUAUGCUGAAUUUGACGUCUGUGGAAGUUCAUGGACCAGUCUCAGGGAUGACUUGCACUUGUCUUGGACUGCUCAUUGGUUCUCAUAUUCAGACAGGGACUCUGGGGUUGUAGAAGCCAUGGGUGAUAACUUGGCUGAGGAAGUUCUUACCUGUCCUUAUUUUGAUAGUGAAUAGAGUAAUUUAAAUCUUGUACGUAGAUUUCAGUUAAAUGUCUUGGAGAUUUAGUCCAUGAAAUAAGUGAGUAGGAUUUUUGCACAGAUUACAAAUUAAACUGAUUCAAUGACACUGCCAAACUGUUGUUUUUUAAAAUAAUUUAGCUAAUUUUCCUUAUUUUAAAGUUAGAGUAUCUCGCACAUUUAUUCCACAUUCAACUAUUAGCACAGAUGUGUAUUGUAAUGCAGAUCUGGUUUCAAACCCGAAUUCAAUCCUGAUUUUUAAAACAGUGCACAGCCUUGGCAGUAGUUUACACAGAUGUUGGUUCCAAGCUGUAAUUUUUCAGUUUUAUUUUCUUCACAUCACAUAUAAAAAACAAUACAUAUAAAUCUUGUCGGCUCAAGAUUUAAACAUCUGGCCUUCUUAUGAUCAUUAGACAAGAUGAGGUCCAAACCUAGUCCAGUAUGUGGCUGGAUGAAUGGUCAAUGUGCAAAUUGAGGACGUAAACUAUAGUGGAACCACUUGUUAACAACUAAAGGAGAGGAGCCAAAGCCUACUUGAAAAUUUGCUCGAUGACAUAAUGUGCUUAUCUGUAUAUUUAUGACUUGAUUGCAUCGUAUUUGCAUUCUGCCUGGUGUCAGCACGUUUGAGCCCUUUAUCUGUUUGCUUUUCUCUAAAUCUCUGACCUCACAUACAUUGAAUGAAGAAGUGAUUGAGGAAAGGCCCAUUAAGACUAAAUCCCCAAACUCACUUGAUUCUAGGAAAGUCUUAAAAGUAAGUAAAUACAGUUAGAAAGAUGCUUAGAUGGCAACACUGACUGUAGAAGGCCCCCUAACGAUGUCAUUAAAAAUUAUAUUCAAAGUGCGUUGGCUAAUCGGGGAAACUCCCGCAGUCGCUCGGCCAACCAAUGGCGUAAUUUCCACUUCAACACUCAUUCCGUAACAUUUCAUUUUUUAUAGGACUUGCCCCACUGUUGCUGUCCAGUCAGUAAUAACUCUCUGGAUUGUGACGUGGGAGUAAUCCUUUUAUAAUCAGCAGCUUUGCCAAAUGUUGCUCGGGUUUGAUAUCGGAGAUGAACACUGUUGCUAUUAUAAACUGAUGCAACUGCAAACCAAAGGAGGUAACGUCACUAUGUCUCCUCACAGGUGGGUAAUGUUGUUCUUGUGCCGGUCAGCAAUUAGUUAACAAGUUGAGUGUGGACGAAAAACCAAUAUCCACCAGCAGGUUUGCAUUAUGUUUGUGGAGAUUUAUGAGAGAAUAGUGAUAGUUGUAACUUUUGUCAUCUAGUGACCACAAAGUUAAAAAACGACCACAGUCAGACUGAUGAACUCUACAACCUUUUAGACUCACUCAAAUGUUUUUAUCCCCCCUUUCGAUGAUACGUUUGAGCUUGAAGGGAAAUACAGUUGUGUCAGUCCUGAGGGCGGUUACAGUACAGCCUUUAGAAACAAAAAAGACAUUGCCCUGGCUUUGUUUGCAAUAUCACUGAAGCCACAAAGAUGCUGUUAUAAUUGCAGAUGAGCCUUUCUGCCUGUGCACUAGCAUUCAAUGGUCGCUGUGUUAAUGUCCGUGUGCACUGAACAUCCAGGUACGAGCACUGACCGCGACCCUGUGCGGACCUCCUCCUGUCGGGUGGCGUUCCCGAAGCUUUUAUCACGGGAGUUAGCUCAGCUGUUUAUUUUUUCUUUUAUUUUCUGUUGUUUUUGGCUGGUGUGUCAGAAAUGGAUAUUUGUAAAUGUAGCUUAAUGUUUUUAUUUUUUUUCAAUGAAAUAUUUUUUGUAUCUAGUAAAUGUACAUGACAUUAACUUGGCAUUAAUUAUAUUUUUUCUUGUAAAUA